CGUCAGGACGAACUCCGCAUAUGAAUUACAGAAAUGCGCCCAUUGCCUCCGCUUCUUUAUCGGAGCUCCCUGAAACGGUGGUCUCGAAUUUCUAAGAGCGGCUGGGUCUGCGCCAAUUGCAGGAGCUAUGCCUCACAAACGCCGCACCUCCGCCGUGAUGGAGAUGCUCCGCAGAAGCCAUUUUAUGUGACCACGCCGAUUUUUUAUGUCAACGCCGCUCCCCAUGUCGGCCACCUCUAUUCCAUGGUGCUCGCCGAUGUCCUGAAAAGAUGGCAGCAACUGAAGGGAAACCGAGCUGUUUUGUGCACAGGAACGGACGAGCAUGGCAUGAAGAUACAAAGAGCUGCCAGACUGGCCAACAUGGACCCGCAAUCGUUUUGUGACCAGGCAGCAGACGUCUUCAAGCGCCUAGCAGCCUCCGCAGACAUCACAAACGACCAUUUUGUACGGACGACAGACGCCGAUCAUAAGGAAACAGUGCGAUACGUUUGGCAUGUCCUACAAGACCGCGGCUUGAUCUACCGAGCGAAGCAUGAAGGAUGGUACUCCGUCAGCGAUGAGACUUUCUACCCGGAGUCCCAAGUUCAUUUGGUCCUAGAGCCGCAAACAGGGCGCAAAAUCAUGGCGUCUAUUGAAACCGGAAAAGAGGUCGAGUGGACAUCGGAGAUGAACUAUCACUUUCGGCUUUCGCGAUUUCGGGAUCGGCUGCUGCAAUAUUACGACGAACACCCUGACUUUAUUGUUCCCAACACCCGCAUGACAGAGCUAUACAAAGAGAUCCAAAGCGGGUUGUCGGAUUUAUCAAUUUCUCGGCCCAGAAGCCGCCUGGACUGGGGCAUCCGAGUCCCGGAUGAUCAGGAACAGACAAUAUAUGUAUGGCUGGAUGCCUUGGUGAACUAUAUAACCAAAGCCGGUUAUCCCUGGGCACCAGGCUAUGAGGUUACUGGAGGCUGGCCGGUAGACUGCCAUAUCAUCGGCAAGGACAUCACCAGAUUCCACUGCAUAUACUGGCCCGCCUUCCUCAUGGCCUUGGGCAUUGAGCUGCCGAGUCAGAUAUUGACCCAUGGCCACUGGACGUUAGGCCGGAAGAAGAUGUCCAAAUCGGAGGGCAACGGCGUCAACCCCUUCUUCCAAAUCGACCGAUUCGGUGUCGACGUCGUCCGAUUCUUUCUGAUGCACGAUGGCGGGAUCGACUUCGAUCCCGAAUAUAAUAACUUCAUCAUCAUCGAACGAUAUAACGACGCGUUGAAAAGCGUGAUCGGCAAUCAAGUCAGCCGCGUCCUUCGCGGAAAGUCCUGGGAUACUCGUUACGCCGUUACGGAGAUGGAUAGGCUUUGCCAACAAACUCUGACUCCGGCCGACCGGGAACAGCUGCAUUUGCUGCAGACGUUCCCGACGAAGUUUCAAGCCAGUAUGGACAAUCUAAAUGUCCGCGAGGGCGUCACGUCCGUCGUUCAAAUGCUGCGUCAGACCCAGAAAUACUUUCAAGUUUGCGAGCCAUGGUCGUAUUUCAGUGCGGAAGCACGAAAGCGUCGACAAGACUCCCCGAUAUCCCCCGAAGACAACGACAAGGUGCACUUGGCCAUCGCACUGACGUUAGAGUCAUUCCGGCUCGCUGCCAUCACGCUGCAACCGGUUAUGCCAGAGAGGGCCGGCACGCUACUAGACUGGCUGAAUGUCAGCCUAGAGAGACGAUCAUUCGCGUUCGCAACACUGGGUGCAGACAAAGAAUACGGUGAUCGUAGUCAUUUGGUCAAAGUCAGUCCAGACCAGAAGCUGAUAUUGUUCCCAACCCUCAUUACUGAGGAGUAAAAGCGGCUCUGUGGACUGUGGAGGCUUGAGCCCCUGGAUUAUUCAGACUAAUCUCCGAAAGAAUUGUGUGAUUACAUAAUGUAUCAACAACCAUGUAACAACAGUACCUAUAGCUGUUCAACACCGGAUAAUACCCUGUUGAGACAGUUGAUGUCGUUAUCC